CACAGUGUUAUUGUUAUGUUUCUUAGCUUGUGUCUUUUGAGGAGAGGUUAUUCUAAUUUAAUAAAUAAAAUGGAAUAUCCCAUAGCGCGGAAAGAUUUUUCAUAUGUGGAUAAAUUCCAUGGCGUUGAAUUGUUUGAUGUUUACCGAUGGUUAGAAGAUCCAAAUGCCGAACAAACACAAAUAUUUAUUGAAAAGCAAAAUAAAAUUAGUAGAAAAUUUAUUGAAGAAGGGAGUGAUAGAUAUCGCAUUGAAAAAAAACUGACAAAAUUAUGGAACUAUCCUAAAUAUAGUUGCCCAACAAAGCAUGGAGAUUAUUAUUACUUUUAUGUUAACACUGGAUUGCAGAAUCAUAAUGUUCUAUUUCAACAAAAGCAUCUUGUGGAUGAGCCCAAGGUUUUCUUAGAUCCCAACACAUGGUCUGAGGAUGGAACAAUCGCUUUAUCUCAAAAGUCAUUCUCUGAGGAUGGAAACUACAUGGCGUAUGGUAUAAGUGAAAAUGGGUCAGACUGGUUAAAGAUAAAAAUUCGUAAUGUUAAGUCUGGAGAGGACCUCAAAGAGACGUUAGAAAAAGUAAAAUUUAGUGAAAUUUCUUGGACUCUUGAUAACAAGGGCUUUUUUUAUGCCAAAUAUGAUCACGACGAAUGUGCAAAUGGGGCAGAAGUUAAACAAAAUGAAAAUCAAAAGCUUUAUUAUCAUUAUGUGGGUAAACAACAGAACGAAGAUAUCCUUGUCGCAGAGUUUCCUGAGGAACCCUCUUGGCGAAUACAAGCUGUCGUGUCUGACUGUGGAAGGUAUUUGGUCAUGCCCAUAGUUAAAGGUUGCCGCGAUAAUCUACUUUAUUACAUUGAUUUAAAUGAAAGCGACAAAAUACAGUCAGGCUUAAAUGUGAUAAAAGUGAUAGAUAAAUUUGAAUACGAUUAUGAGUACAUUACCAAUAUUGGGCCAAAAAUGUAUUUUAGGACAAACAAAAAUUCUCCCAAUUACAGAAUUGUUAUCAUUGAUUUGGAAAAUCCUCGUGAAGAAAAUUGGGAAACAAUAAUUCCAGAACAGGAAAGCGAUGUACUAGACUGGGGAAAAUGUGUCGAUAGUGACAAAUUGUUAUUAUGCUAUAUGCAAGAUGUCAAGAGUGUCCUUCAAGCAAAUUGUAUAAAAACUGGAAAGUUAGUUAAAAAAUUUUCUUUGGAUAUUGGAACUGUUGUAGCAGUAUCUGGCAAAAAAAAAUAUUCAGAAAUUUUCUUUAAUUUCUCAUCAUUUUUGAAUCCUGGCACUAUUUAUCAAUACGAUUUCGGCUUACCGAAUAAAGAAUUACAAAUAUUCCGUGAAAUUAAAUUACAACUGGAUGGUUUCAGCCAAUAUGACUAUGAAAUAAAACAAUUGUUCUAUAAUAGUAAAGAUGGGACAAAAAUACCUAUGUUUAUAAUACGCAAAAAGGGGGAAGUUAUAUCGCCUCAACCUUGUCUUCUUUAUGGUUAUGGUGGCUUUAAUAUAAGCCUACAACCCUCCUUUUCUGCCACAGGGUUAAUGUUCAUGGAUACAUUCGAUGGCAUAUUAGCGUACCCGAAUCUGCGUGGAGGAGGGGAAUACGGCGAAAAAUGGCACAACGCAGGUCGACUUUUGAACAAACAAAAUGUUUUUGAUGACUUCCAAGCAUCAGCCGAAUAUUUAAUUAAUAAUAACUAUACAACUAAAGAUCGUCUUGUGAUACAGGGAGGAUCAAAUGGAGGGCUGUUAGUUGGUGCCUGUAUUAAUCAGCGACCCGAUCUUUUUGGUGCAGCUGUCGCGCAAGUUGGUGUCAUGGAUAUGUUACGUUUCCAUAAAUUCACUAUUGGGCAUGCUUGGUGCUCUGAUUAUGGCGACCCUAUUGAAAAGGAACAUUUUGAAAAUUUGUUGAAAUAUUCGCCUCUGCACAAUGUUCACGUUCCAAACAAAAAGUGUGAAGAAUAUCCUUCUACCUUAAUUCUAACAGCAGAUCAUGAUGACCGUGUCAGCCCCUUACAUUCGUUAAAAUUUGUAGCUGCUCUACAAGAUGCCGUACGAAAUUCUGCUCAAGAAAAUCCAAUUCUUCUACGGGUCUAUAGUAAAGCUGGUCACGGUGCUGGUAAACCGACUUCAAAGAGGAUAGAAGAGUCUGCUGAUAUUCUUACUUUUCUCCGCAAAACUAUAAAUGUUGAUGUUGUAAAUAUCUAACAUAAUAAUAUAUAAUAUAUUAUAUUUCUUGCUAUUAAAAUACGAUAUGGUGCAGAAAAACA